AUGGAUCCUGCCAUUCAACGAGCGCUCAACGAAAAGCUGUACGAGAAGCGGAAAGGCGGAGCAUUAGAGCUCGAGCGGACAAUCCGGGAGCUUGUCGCAGUCAAAGACACGAACAUAGUCGAGGCAAUCCUCGACCAGCUCUGCAACGAGUACGCCUAUGCCGUACACCAACAUUCUCGGAACGGCGGCCUCAUCGGUCUUGCUGCAGCCGCCAUAGCCCUUGGCCCUGAAGUGCCUCGAUAUCUUGAGAUGAUUGUGCCCCCUGUCUUGGCUUGUUUCGUCGACCAGGAUGCUCGCGUGCGUUACUACGCAUGUGAGGCAAUGUACAACAUCGCCAAGGUGGCCAAGGGAGAGAUACUGAUAUACUUCAACCACAUAUUCGAUGCGCUUUGCAAGCUCGGUGCAGAUUCUGAGCUAUCGGUCAAGAACGGGGCCGAGCUACUGGAUCGUCUCAUAAAGGAUAUCGUGUCCGAGUCCGCUGCUACCUAUAUUUCUGUCCUUGCAACCCCGACAUCAGACGACAUCGAAGGCGGCUUGCCACCCGAGGAUGACAGCGGUUCCCUCCCUACAGCCUUUUCUCUCAAGCGGUUCAUGCCGCUCCUCAAGGAUCGGAUUUUCGUCCUAAACCCGUUUACGCGAACUUUUCUCGUCGGCUGGAUAGUCCUGCUGGAUUCCAUUCCCGACCUGGAGCUGGUGGCAUACCUGCCUGAGUUUCUGAGAGGCCUGCUGACCUUCCUCAGUGACACCAAUCGCGAUGUUCACAUCGCGACACAAAACUGCCUGGACAAAUUUCUCAAUGAGAUUAGACGCAUUGCACGGAUCAAGAAGGGGAUUGCCGAGAGCAAGCGGUCGAGAACGCGAGGCAGCGUGAAGCGGAAACGAGCCAAGUCGUUUGAGAGCAGCAGUUUGCGAGCCGAAGCUGACGCCCGAGGCGUCAUCGAUGACAGCGACUCCGCUGGUCCUGUUGUGAAUGUGCGCAAUGCCCAGGCCGAUGCUGCUAACGAGGACGACGUGAACAGCGACCCGAGCGAUGACGGAUCCGGUGCGGAUGACGAGGAUGACAGCGAGGAUGACUGGGUACCUGGACAGGAUGUGCAGAUCAACUAUGCCGCAAUCUUGGUCAUAUUGACGGACACGCUAGACUCACCCCAGGGCGGCGCCCAAGGCGAGGAUGGGCUCCUGGAAUCCCUCCGUUGGAUCGUCGAGUUUUUGGAUAUCUGUCCCGAGGAGGUAUUGCCGUUCACGCCCAAGAUACUCGCUCAUCUGCUACCCGCAAUGGCAAGUGGCAUCGAGUCCAUCCGCCAGGCUGCUGCUCGGGUCAACAGCUCUCUGAUGAACUACGUUGUCUCUCUCUCUGCCGACACCGACACCUCGUCCAUGGCAUCGCAGCAGUCAAGCCUGCCGCUGCGCUCAUCUACUGCGGCUGCCGAAGCGAGCGAUCUCCAGCUAAAUCACCCUGGCUCCCGCGAUCUUGACGGCACAAGCCCAUCUGCAUCGGCAAUACCCAGCCGAGCUGCAGCUUCCGUUGCCAGUGCCGCGCGCUCCUCGCCGUCACCGGCCCCCCCGACAGCACGGCCAGUGAACAUCUCCCAGCGACAGCCGGACCUGGACUAUGCCGCUGCUGUCAGUUCCCUCACGCUCCUGUUUCUGAACGACUACGAGGCGACACGCGUCGCUGCUCUCACGUGGCUGAUCAUGCUUCACCGCAAGGCCCCGAGGAAGGUCCUCGCGUUCAACGACGGCACUUUUCCUGCGCUGCUCAAGACUCUGUCUGACCCGGCAGAAGCCGUGGUCACUAAAGACCUGCAGCUGUUGUCGCAGAUAUCGCGCAACAGCGAGGACGACUAUUUCUCCAAUUUCAUGGUCAAUCUUCUCCAGCUAUUCUCUACUGACCGGAAACUGCUCGAGACCCGUGGCAAUCUGAUCAUUCGCCAACUCUGCGUGAGCCUCAGCGCCGAACGCAUUUACAGGACCCUUGCAAACUGCAUAGAGAAGGAGGAGGACGUUGAGUUUGCAAGUAUCAUGGUGCAGAACCUCAACAACAAUUUGCUUACUGCACCAGAGCUGUCUGACCUUCGUAAGCGCCUGAGGAAUCUUGAGACCAAGGACGGACAGACUUUCUUCGCAUAUGAGCAGGCAUACCACCUUCUCCAAAUCUUUGCCGAGUUGGAGAUGACAGUCAACAUUCUCAUCCAGAUCGACAAAUUGGUACAGUUGUUGGAGUCACCGGUAUUCACAUAUUUGCGGCUUCAACUGUUGGAGCCCGAUAGAUUUCCGCAUUUGUACAAAUGCCUGUACGGCCUCCUCAUGCUUCUUCCCCAGUCGUCGGCUUUCGCAGCUUUGAAAAACCGGCUCAACAGCGUCAGCUCCAUUGGCUACCUGCAUAUUGCCCCGAGGCCAACUCCCACCGCCUCUGGCGGCUCCAAUUUCGACCGACCCAACAGGCUUAAGGGCAGAGAAGACGGUAUUAUCCGCUGGGGCGAGCUUUUAGAAAAGUUUAAGAGCGUCCAGGAACGCGCAAGGAGGUCCCAAAGAUUAGCCGGUGGCGGGGUCGCAGAUUCUAUCAAUGACGGAAUAGGUGCUAUUGGACUCGGAACUGAUUUUCGCGCCAGCGAUGGCGUCUUAGAGUCUAGGGGUGCCAGGGAUCCGGGCACAACACGGAUGGCAACCAUGGGGCCUCCUGCUCUCGCGAAAGAAUCCUCUGCGACGGCAGCACCCCAGCAAAGAGCCAAGUCAAGUUUGGGGAAACAACUUGGCCGGUUCGGUGGUGCUGUAUCGGGCAGGGUAAAACGGGGGCACCAGGGAGCGUGA